AUGACAGAGAGGCAGCAGCUUUGUGUGUCCAAAGAGACACCAUCUCCCUCGGGUGAACCUUCAAAUUCAUCUUUGUCUUCAGCCGCUUCCGCUCAUUCUGGUGUGAAGUUCAUUCUAGAACCCAGCAUUGCUAUUAUUGAGAAUUCUUCGGGUGUCAGCAAACAAAAUUCCGUCAGGAUGGUCACGCAACUGUAUGAGAGCUUCACUGCUGAUCAAAUCACGGAUGCUAUGCUGGAUGAAGCAGCAAAGCUCUUCAGCGAGAAUUACGGAAUUUGGGGAAAGCAGUCCCGGUGUCCAGGAAAGCCGGUUAAACUCAGUGGGCACCGACUGCGAGAACAAUACUUGCCCGAGGCCUCAGCAAGUCUUCAUGUCAGAGUGACCGUUGAUGGGAACCUUGCUGGAAGUGCAUUCGCCUGCCGCUGGAAACAUGAUGGCAAAAAUGUCUGUUGGAUCACUCAGUUGGUGGUAGAUAGAGACUAUCGUGAGCGUGGACUUGCCGGUGGCCUUUUAAGGUCCAUUCGAUCGGAUGGGGACGACAUAUAUGGUAUUAUGAGCUCUCACCCUGCAGCUUGCUUGGCGGCUGCUUCAGCUUUUGGAACAAGUAUUGAAAGAGUGUCUCUCAACUUCAUUGCGGAAAAUGCCGAAGCAAUCAUGAAAGUAUCACCGAUAUCCUACGUUAGAGAGGCGAAAUUGUGCGGCUCUCUCUUCGAACCCGAGGAUCCGACAGGACUUAUUUGCGGAGUCAAUACUGGUUUUUUUGUUGACCAUGAGGAGCCAUUAGAGGCUUUGAAAAUGGUUAAAGAAACCUGGGUGUGGCCAUUUGGAGACUUGCUAGAUGGUCAUGAGUAUCUUCUUGUUCUGCCAGCCAAACACCGCCGAUCGAGAUCACGCUCGUCCAAACCCAAAAGAGAUAUGCCGAGCUAGACGUACUAUCUAGUACAACAAUUGUUGGGGCUUGAGGUACGAGAGAUUUGGGCAAGAUA